UUUCAUUAAUUAAGAGAAACACCAGCAAACAAACCUCGUCCUUUUUCUUCAUCUUCUUCAAAAACCUCAAUCAAAAUCUCUGUUUCUCUCUCUAAAAGCAUUUUCUCUCUCUAGAGCUCUGUGUGUGCGGUGCAUCUGCGCUGUUGUUAUAGUUUCUAAAUCGAGAGAGAUCUCGGCUUGAGAUAGCUUAUUGGAUUUGGUUGCUGCUGAUAUUUCAGCACAAGAGGGGAUAAACUUAGCUUCUGUGUGAGGGGGGCUUAUUUUACUUCUGUUUGGUCUCUUGUGCAUAGAGGAUAACUGUAAAUUAUAACAGAAAGAUGACAGUAAGAACACCUGGAACUCCAGCUUCUAAGAUUGACAGGACACCAGCAACAACUCCGGGAGGUCCUAGAUCGAAGGAAGAGAAGAUUGUCGUUACUGUCCGAUUAAGACCUCUAAACAAAAAAGAGCAGUUAGCCAAGGACCAAGUAGCUUGGGAGUGUGUUGAUGACCACACCAUUGUUUAUAAGCCACCAACUCAGGACCGCACAGCUCAAUGGACCCCUUUCACAUUUGAUAAAGUUUUUGGCCCCAAUUCUCAAACUGAAUCUGUGUAUGAGGAUGGUGUGAAGAAUGUUGCUUUAUCUGCUUUGAACGGGAUAAAUGCAACCAUAUUUGCAUAUGGGCAAACUAGCAGCGGGAAGACGUAUACAAUGAGAGGAAUAACAGAGAAAGCUGUAUAUGACAUCUAUAAGCAUAUAAUGAAUACCCCACAAAGAGAUUUCACAAUUAAGAUUUCUGGACUGGAAAUCUAUAAUGAAAAUGUCAAGGACCUGCUAAACUCAGAAUCAGGUCGAAAUCUCAAGCUUCUAGAUGAUCCAGAGAAAGGUACAGUAGUUGAGAAGUUGGUAGAAGAAACAGCAACUAAUGAUCAGCAUUUGAGGCAUCUGAUAAGUAUUUGUGAAGCCCAAAGGCAAGUUGGUGAAACAGCUCUUAAUGAUACUAGCUCACGGUCACAUCAAAUCAUAAGGCUGACUAUUGAAAGCACUCUCCGUGAAAAUUCAGAUUGUGUUAGAUCUUUCGUAGCAAGCCUGAAUUUUGUUGACUUGGCUGGAAGUGAAAGAGCUUCACAGACAAAUGCAGAGGGGGCCAGGCUCAGGGAAGGAUGCCAUAUCAAUCUUAGUCUGAUGACUCUGACAACUGUAAUAAGAAAGCUCAGUGUUGGGAAAAGAAGCGGUCAUAUACCCUACAGAGACUCAAAACUUACUCGCAUAUUGCAGCACUCACUCGGUGGGAAUGCACGUACUGCCAUCAUAUGUACUCUAAGUCCUGCACUUUGCCAUGUUGAACAAUCCCGAAACACUCUCUACUUUGCCACAAGAGCAAAGGAAGUCACUAACAAUGCUCAAGUCAACAUGGUCGUCUCCGAUAAGCAGCUGGUUAAACAUCUGCAGAAGGAAGUAGCCAGACUGGAAGCAGUGCUGAGGACCCCUGACCCUUCAAAGGAAAAAGACUUGAUAAUUCAGCAGAUGGAGAGAGAAAUUGAAGAGCUUAGAAUCCAGAGAGAUCUUGCAAAGUCUCAAGUGGAUGAGCUACAAAGAAAACUUCAAGUGGAUGAAUCACCAUCGCGGCUAUCUGUGAAGAAGUGCCUCUCUUAUAAGGACAUAAGCAUCAGUGACAAAGGAAGGAAAACUAUGUUAAGGCAGUCUAUGAGGCAGUCAUCGACUGCACCUUUUACUCUAGUGCAUGAAAUUCGGAAACUCGAACAUCUUCAAGAGCAACUUGGGGAAGAAGCCAAUCGAGCACUAGAGGUAUUACAAAAGGAGGUUGCUUGUCAUAGACUAGGUAACCAAGAUGCGGCAGAGACCAUUGCUAAGCUGCAAGAAGAAAUAAGGGAAAUGCGAUCUAUUCAACCUCUUCUGAAAGAAAUAGAAAUUGGGAAUGUUAUCGCCCCUAACAAGAGUGUCAGUGCCAAUCUCAAAGAUGAGAUAACAAGACUUCAUUCGCAAGGCAGCACUAUUGCAAAUCUGGAAGAGCAGUUGGAAAAUGUUCAGAAAUCUAUAGACAAAUUGGUAAUGUCGCUUCCAAGCAAUGGCUUGCAGUCAAACUGUGAAGCACCUUACAAAGCUAAAAAUCAGCAGAAAAAGAAAAAGACACUUCCUUUGACUUCAAGUAAUGGUGCAAACCGACAAAAUUUUAUAAGGUCUCCAUGCUCGCCAUUAUCAACGUCUCGGCAAGUUUUGGAAAAUGAGACUGAGAAUAGAGCACCAGAGAAUGAAAAUGUAAUGUCCAAUGAGAUCCAGACAGAGUCUGAGAAAGAGACUCCUACAAAGAGUGAAGAAUGUGGAGAUGUUUCAUCAAAAGAAGGAACUCCAGGAACUCCUGGCUACCGACGUUCUAGUUCAGUCAAUAUGAAGAAAAUGCAGAAGAUGUUCCAGAAUGCAGCAGAGGAGAAUGUAAGAAGCAUAAGAGCUUACGUGACGGAACUGAAGGAACGUGUUGCCAAACUGCAAUACCAAAAGCAGCUACUUGUUUGCCAGGUUCUUGAGCUGGAAGCAAAUGAAGCAGCUGGACAAAAUCUCGAGGAUGAGGAAGAGUUUAUCGAACCAGAGACACAAGUUCCCUGGCAAAUAACGUUUAAGGAUCAAAGGCAGCAGAUCAUUGAAUUGUGGGAUGUGUGCCUUGUGUCCAUCAUUCACAGGACACAGUUUUAUUUGUUAUUCAAGGGGGACGUUGCUGAUCAAAUAUACAUGGAAGUUGAGCUUAGGCGCUUGACUUGGUUGCAGCAGCAUUUGGCAGAAGUCGGCAACACAAGCCCUGCUCCUUCUCGUGUUGGAGACGAGCCUACAAUUUCCCUGUCAUCAAGUGUAAGGGCGCUGAGACGUGAAAGGGAAUUUUUGGCGAAACGAUUGACUUCACGGUUAAGUGUGGAAGAGAGAGAUGUGUUGUACAUGAAAUGGGAUGUUCCACUGGAAGGUAAGCAGAGGAAGCUGCAGUUUGUGAACAAAUUAUGGACGAACCCUCACGACUCGAGACAUGUACAAGAGAGUGCAGAGAUUGUGGCAAAGCUUGUAGGAUUCUGUGAAGGAGGUAACAUGUCAAAAGAGAUGUUUGAGCUCAAUAUUGCACUACCUACAGAUAAGAGACCAUGGAUCAUGGGGUGGAAUCCUAUUUCAAACCUUCUUCAUUUGUGAGAUGUAAGUAAGUAAUUCCAAUUUCUCUACAUGUAAAUGAAUAUUAUUGGAGUUUUUUUUCUUGCUUUUUAGAUUUAUUUUUUAAAAAUUCAUGUUAAAUUCUGGCGUGACUGAUGCAUUUUCAGUAACAAAAGAAUGAUUCAUUCUGUUUCCAUGUGUUUGUUUGUUGCCUCUUUUCUUUUCCUUACUGCCAGAAAUCAAUAAAAUUUCUGGAGAUCUUCUAUUACAAAUUUGUUUGUUAUUGGUCA